UUGACGAGGAAAGUGAGUUGUGUUCGUAGAAAGGAGAAACGGUUGGCAUCUCCCCUGACAGGGACGGGAACAGCCUUCGGGCUUUCCUGUUUACACAUAUCCGGUUAAGGCACUCCACUUCGGUGGAUCUCUAACCCAUUUUUUUUCCUUGCCCACUCCCUCUAAGACCCAACUGUCUAGUUCCUUUUAUACCCCUCUGUGAGAUACGGAUACCCUAGCCUUGGUUGAGAAGUUGAGAUAAGGUUACAAAAAUAUCCAGAAAUUGAAACAAGUAUCUAGGAGCUGAUCCCUUUCUCUCUCGCUUUGUGAGGAGUUGGGGAAUUGGGAGUUAUGGGUUCCGCUACGCUCUGCACAGGUGUUGAUGUCCAUUUCAGCAUUCCACAUCCCUCACACACAACAAAGUACCCGAAUUUGUUCUCCAAAUCCACCAAAUUCUCCUCCAAUACAUUCACCAUUCGUUGCAACUCCUCUUCCAGGUCUCCUCCAAAACCGAAACCGAAACCGAAACCAACUUCAUCUGAUUCAGAGCAGACCAACCACCAAAACCCUUCUCUGUCUGAACAGCUCAAGCCCCUCUCCAAAACCAUCCUCACCAGAGACCAUUCUGGCCAAACCCAUCUUGUAUCCAAGCCUAAGUCCACUUGGAUCAACCCCACCAAGCCCAAACCCUCUGUGCUCUCCCUCCAACGCCACAAGCGCCAUAACUACUCCUACAACCCUCAGAUUAGAGACCUCAAGCUCUUUGCUAAAAAGAUCAAUGAGUCUGAGUCCUCUGAUGAGAGUGAGUUCUUGGCUGUUCUCGAACAAAUCCCACAUCCGCCCACUAGGGAUAAUGCACUUUUGCUUCUGAAUAGUUUGAAGCCAUGGCCAAAGACCUAUCUUUUCUUCAAUUGGAUCAAGACCCAGAAUUUGUUUCCCAUGGAAACUAUCUUCUAUAAUGUCACAAUGAAGUCUUUGAGGUUUGGGAGACAGUUUCAGCUCAUUGAGGAGCUUGCAAAUGAAAUGAUAAGCACCGGUGUUGAGCUUGACAACAUCACGUACUCAACCAUUAUCACCUGUGCCAAAAGGUGUAAUUUAUUUGACAAGGCUGUGAAGUGGUUUGAGAGGAUGUACAAGACGGGUCUGAUGCCUGACGAAGUGACCUACUCUGCCAUUUUAGAUGUUUACGCCAAAUUGGGGAAGGUUGAGGAGGUGCUUAGUUUGUAUGAAAGAGGAAGAGCUAGUGGGUGGAAGCCUGACCCAAUUGCUUUUGCUGUAUUGGGUAAGAUGUUUGGUGAGGCUGGGGACUAUGAUGGCAUUAGGUAUGUUUUGCAAGAGAUGAAGUCUCUUGGGGUGCAGCCUAAUUUGGUUGUGUACAACACCCUAUUAGAGGCAAUGGGUAAGGCUGGAAAGCCUGGUUUGGCUAGGAGUUUGUUUGAGGAAAUGGUGGGUUCCGGUGUUAUCCCAGACGCCAAAACGUUAACGGCAUUGGUCAAGAUUUAUGGCAAGGCAAGGUGGGCUAGAGACGCACUGGAAUUAUGGGAGAGAAUGAGGUCGAAUGGCUGGCCAAUGGACUUUAUUUUGUAUAACACACUGUUGAGUAUGUGCGCGGAUCUUGGGUUGGAGGAGGAGGCGGAGAAGCUCUUUGAGGACAUGAAGAAGUCAGAGCAUUGCAGGCCGGAUAGCUGGAGCUAUACUGCCAUGCUCAAUAUAUAUGGGAGUGGGGGUAAUGUUGACAGGGCAAUGCAGUUGUUCGACGAAAUGUCUGAGCUUGGUGUUCAGAUCAAUGUCAUGGGGUGCACUUGUUUGAGUCAGUGCUUGGGGAGAGCUAGGAGAAUUGAUGAUUUGGUUAAGGUUUUUGAGGUCUCCCUGGAAAGAGGGGUUAAGCCAGAUGAUAGGUUGUGUGGGUGUUUGCUGUCUGUUGUGUCCUUCUGUGAGGGGGCUGAGGACGCCAAUAAAGUCCUUGCUUGUUUACAGCAAGCUAACCCGAAAUUGGUUGCUUUUGUCAACCUUCUGGAAGAGAAAAUUAGCUUUGAAGCCCUCAAGGAGGAAUUCAGAGGCAUACUCACUGACACAGCAGUUGAAGCUCGAAGACCAUUCUGUAAUUGUUUGAUAGAUAUAUGCCGAAACAGAAGUCUCCAUGAGAGAGCCCAUGAGUUGCUCUAUCUGGGAACCCUGUAUGGGUUGUACCCAGGUCUACAUAAUAGAACUGCGGACGAGUGGUGUUUGGAUGUUAGAUCACUGUCUGUUGGCGCAGCACACACUGCAUUGGAGGAGUGGAUGGGGACUCUAUCCAAAAUCGUCCAGCGGGAAGAGGCAUUGCCGGAGGCAUUUUCAGCAAACACUGGAACAGGAACUCAUAAGUUCUCUCAAGGGUUGGCUAGUGCCUUUGCUUCACAUGUGAAGAAACUCGCUGCACCUUUCACACAGAGUGAAGAAAAAGCUGGUUGUUUUGUGGCAACAAGAGAAGAUUUAGUAUCAUGGGUGCAAUCAAGGAUUCUAUCUCCUGCCGCCGUGGUAUGAAGCAUAAACAACAAAGCCAAUUGUAAUGCCCAUGGUUAGUUUAAAUAUGCGCGCAAACUUAAUCAUACUCUUGGGAGUUCACAUCCAA